CCUCCAACCCAAACAACAAAGAUCACCAACUCAUUCACUCAAUUUACUCCUCUACCAAAGAAAAGUAGUACUAAACUAGCAAGAGAGAUAGAGUUUUCUUCUUUUAUUUUUUCCAAGCUCUUGAUCUCGAGAUCACUAUAGUACUUUUCCACACGAAGGAGAGAGAAAGAGAAUGAGCUGGACUGGAUCAGGAGAUUGGAUGUGUGGUGCAUGCCAACAUGUGAAUUUCAAGAAGAGGGAUCAAUGCCAGCGUUGCCAGUACCCCAAGUACGGUGGGCCUGACCCUUCUACCUAUUGUUACAAUAAUAGGACAGAGGUUUUGGCUGGUGACUGGUUCUGCAACUGUGGAAGCCACAACUACGCUAGCCGAUCCCAGUGUUUCAGGUGUGGCUCCAUCAAAAAUGACUACGGUGGUGGCUAUGGCGCCCAAAUGAUGACUGCUUAUGGUUCUGAUAACAGCAGUGCUCCUCCUGGCUGGAAAUCUGGUGACUGGUUUUGCUCUAGAGUUGGAUGUGGAGAACACAAUUAUGCUAGCAGGACGAUUUGCCAUAAAUGCAAAACGCAAAGGGAUUAUGGUAGUGAAGUAUAAGAGAAAGGACUACUUCGAAGAAGGUCUUCUCAAGCUUCAAUGUCAAAUGCUGCUUUUUCUUUUUUCUCUUUAAGAGCAUAAUAAGUUUAGUAGAUUAUUAAUCGUUGUUGAAGGCCCUUUUUCUCUUAUGGAUGGCCAUGUUUUAAUUUAGAAAGGGUUUCAAGUUUUAUGUUGCAAUUCUUACAUAAAACAAUGAAAUUCCUUGUUUUCGUUUUUAACAUAAAUAUCAGAUACUAUAUAUAUAUUA